AUGGCAUCAUCGGGGGCUCCUGUGGAAUCCAUCGACGUUGAUGCUAUCAUUGAGAAGCUUCUCGAGGUACGUGGGUGUCGGCCCGGCAAAGGAGUCCAAUUGACCGAUGGUGAAAUACGAGCUUUGUGUAACAAAUCUAGACAGAUAUUCCUAGAGCAACCAAACUUGUUGGAACUGGAAGCACCGAUUAAAAUAUGUGGUGAUGUACAUGGUCAGUAUUAUGAUCUAUUGCGGCUCUUUGAAUACGGUGGAUUCCCACCAGAAGCAAACUACCUCUUCCUUGGAGACUAUGUGGAUCGGGGCAAACAGUCGUUGGAGACUAUAUGUCUGUUGUUGGCGUAUAAAAUAAAGUAUCCUGAGAAUUUCUUCUUACUCAGAGGCAACCACGAGUGUGCUAGUAUCAACAGGAUUUAUGGUUUUUAUGAUGAAUGUAAACGCAGAUACAACAUCAAGCUAUGGAAGACCUUCACCGAUUGCUUCAACUGUUUGCCGGUAGCUGCUAUAGUAGAUGAGAAAAUAUUCUGCAUGCAUGGGGGUCUCUCGCCCGAGCUCAACUCCAUGGAUCAGAUCAAACGGAUACUGCGCCCAACAGAUGUUCCUGACACCGGCUUGCUGUGUGAUCUACUGUGGUCGGAUCCAGAACAAGACAUAAGUGGAUGGGGCGAGAACGAUCGAGGAGUGUCGUUCACUUUUGGCGCGGAUAUUGUACAAGCUUGCCUGAGGAAACACGACUUGGAUCUCAUCUGUCGGGCACAUCAGGUUGUGGAGGAUGGUUAUGAGUUCUUCGCCAAGAGGCAGUUGGUAACGCUGUUUUCUGCUCCUAAUUACUGUGGCGAAUUCGAUAAUGCUGGCGCAAUGAUGAGUGUUGACGAGACCCUCAUGUGCAGCUUCCAGGUGCUGAAACCGGUAGAGAAAAAGAAGAAGUAA